AGAUCGAAUAAUAGUAAUUUAGAUCUCAUAAAGCAUUAAAAAACGAAUAAUAGCGACACAAGCAGAUCGAACUGAGAAAUCUUUCCGCUUCUCCGAUUUUCUUGGUAAUCCGGCGACGACCUAACAUUUCGGUUCUACUGUCAUCUCUCAAUCCGAUUCACUAAUUGAAUCUCAGGCAGGUUAUUCUUUUCCAAUCGGACAUCUUUUUGCAACUAUUCUUUGAAGAUAUUGUCAUUUUGGAGGUUUCCAUACUCGUUUUAGGGUUUUACGAGGUCGGAGAGAAAUCUGUAUCUCCGUUCUGUUAUUAUGAUCACGCGUUCAAAGCUCGUAGAGCAACUCAGAGAUAGCCAGAUCCGAUCUCAGCACAAGUGGUCUCCUCUCGUUAUCUUCUCCCCCAAACCAAAUCUCUCCUCCUGGAUUGAUGUUGGUGUGGCAGUUUUCUGGCUGAUUGUGCUCAUUAUCCUUGUAACAUCAUCAUACAUGACACUCUACUUGAGACAUUAUUGGCUUUCAUUUAUCAUCAUUUGCCUUUCUAUUUCAAUUCCAAUUCGCUUGAGGAUUUCUAGGCAAACAAUCGCAAGAAAAAAAGACAGAAGAUUGCUUCUGCCUUUGUCUAUGUAACAAACAAAUCAAACACAUUAAUUUAAUCAUUCAGAGAGAAUAGAUGCUUUUGCUUUUGUUCGCUAUAUGUACAAAACAUAAUUACAUUACUUUCACAU